GAAAACUCACAGGUGGAUCCUUCUCCAUUGCUCAAAAUCUUCAUAUUCAUUUGAAGAAAUAGUAAUUGCACCAAAAACACUUGUUCAUUUCAUAUAAUGAUAUAAUCAUUCACAUGCAUAUAUAUACACAUACGUGCCCUAAACAUUCAGAGCCAUAUUAUAGAGUUAACAUACGUCAACAUCUCCGAGAAAUGAAAAUGACCAAAAGGGGCAUCUCAAACAGAGUAAUCACAGUGGCUGUGUUUUUCUGCGUCACCCUGUUGUUCCCCAAGCUUUCGGAGUGUUCCAGCCCAAGCGCGUUUCUCUACAGCGGGUGCACGCAGCAACUGUACACCCCAAACUCGCCGUACCAGUCGAACCUGGACUCGCUACUCACCUCGCUGGUGAACUCGGCCACGUACUCGUCUUAUAACAACUUCACGGUGGUGGGGUCCACGCAGCAGGACGCGGUGACCGGCCUCUACCAGUGCCGCGGCGACCUCGCCAUGCCGGACUGCGCCGCCUGCGUGGCGCGCGCCGUCACGCGCACCGGCGAUAUCUGCCGUGGCACGUGCGGCGGCGCGGUGCAGCUCGACGGCUGCUUCGUGAAGUACGACAACGCCACGUUCCUCGGCGCACAGGACAAGACGGUUGUGCUGAAGAAGUGCGGGCCCUCGGUGGGGUACAACCCCGACGCCAUGGGGAGCCGCGACGCCGUGCUUGCCGGGCUCUCCGCCACGGGAGGGAACUUCAGGGUUGGCGGCUCAGGCGGGGUCCGCGGCAUGGCACAGUGCACCGGCGACCUGAGCUACGGCGAGUGCCAGGACUGCGUGGCGGAGGCCAUCUCGCGGCUGAAGGGCGACUGCGGCACGGCGGAUUACGGGGACAUGUUCUUGGGGAAGUGUUAUGCGCGGUACUCCACCGGCGGGGCCCACGGUGAGUCCAAGGCCCACGGUGAAUCAGGUCAUGGAGGUGUAAAGACAUUUGCUAUAAUUAUUGGAUCAUUAGCAGGAUUGGCUAUACUUAUUAUUUUCCUUGCUUUCAUGACCAAAAUCUGUGGAAAACAGGGUAAAUAAAUUUAAAUCCAGUUUGGAACUCAAAUUGGCAUUUGAACCUAUCAUUACUCUUAUGUAUUGGUUUACUUUUGCUUUCUCCUUUUUUUCUCUUUAGUUAUUUUACUUACUUUUAAAUUUAAAAUUGACUUCGAAAGAGCACUUUGAACCUUGAGGAUGAUACCAUAUGAAAAAAAUAAUAGUAUUUGGAAUUUUAAAUACAAGAGGAAAGAACGUAAGAGAUUGCACCUACUUUCUUCUCCACUUUACAAAGUUGUGUUGUCAAUUGUCCAAUGCUUGUAAAGAAAAAAAAAAUUAAUAUAUUAUUCUUUUGUUUCUUUAAA